AGCAGCAGUACCACCAGCAGCAGCAGACCAGCAAGAUGACUUCCUCCGGAAUGAACAUGAACAGCAAGAUCACCUUCUACGAGGAGAAGAACUUCCAGGGUCGCUCCUAUGAGUGCAUGAGCGACUGCUCCGACAUGUCCUCCUACCUGAACAGGUGCCACUCCUGCAGGGUGGAGAAGGGCUGCUUCAUGGUGUACGACCGCACCAACUACAUGGGAAACCAGUACUUCAUGAGGAGGGGCGAGUACGCCGACUACAUGAGCAUGAUGGGCAUGAGCGACUGCAUCAAGUCCUGCCGCAUGAUCAAAUGUUUCCGCAAUGUCCAACUGCAAUGGUCCCUGGCCAAUGUGAUGGAGGGCAACUGGCUGAUGUACGAGCCAGGCCCGUUCAGAGGCAGGAUGAUGUACAUGGACCUGAACUCCCCCAUCACAUCUGACAGUUUCAGCUCCUUCUCCAUCACUGAUAACAACUCAGCUCGGGUGCUGCGUGUUUCCCUCUCCACAUUUGUCCUCACCGGCUUCUUCCCAGAGUUUGUUGCAGUUGGAAGCCUUGUUAAAAAGAAACAAUCACGGGAACUCAGGCGGCUCGUAACACCAGAUACCCAGGAAGUGUCGAACGGAGAGUGGAUGUGGCAGUAA